AUGCGAUUACUACACCGUCAGUAUCAUCCAACCAUGUCCAGUCGGUCGACGUCCUCCCCUUCAUCAUUGACGGCCAACAUACGCUUUGCGCUCGUCCUCUGCCUAGCCGUCGUCGUGCUGCUACCCAGCCCCGCCGCAGCGCGCAUGGCUUUCGAAAAGCUCACAGACUACGAUUUCGCUGGCACUACAUACUACAGCGUCAAGAAUCUGUCGCUGUACGAGUGUCAGGGCUGGUGUCGCGAGGAGGCCGAUUGCCAGGCGGCCGCUUUCAGUUUUGUCGUCAAUCCGCUGUCACCCUCACAGGAGACACACUGCCAGCUGCAGAACGAUUCGUCAGCACACAACCCCUCAGCGGCGCCGCAACGCUCCGCCAACAUGUACUACAUGGUAAAAUUGCAGCUGCGCAGCGAGAAUGUCUGCCAUCGGCCGUGGGCGUUCGAGCGUGUGCCCAAUAAGGUUAUACGUGGUCUGGAUAAUGCGCUCAUCUACACCAGCACCAAGGAGGCCUGCUUGUCGGCGUGUUUGAAUGAGAAACGCUUCGUUUGUCGAUCGGUCGAAUACGAUUACAAUAACAUGAAAUGUGUAUUGAGCGACUCGGAUCGUCGCAGCUCGGGUCAAUUUGUGCAGCUGGUCGAUGCGCAAGGCACAGAUUACUUUGAGAAUUUAUGCUUGAAGCCAGCGCAGGCGUGCAAAAACAAUCGCUCGUUUGCAGUGGCACGUGUGGGUGUAUCGGAAGAGAAGGUCGCCCAAUAUGUGGGACUUCACUACUACACGGACAAGGAAUUGCAGGUCACUUCGGAGUCCGCCUGCCGGUUGGCUUGUGAAAUCGAAACGGAAUUCUUGUGUCGUUCCUUUUUGUAUCUCGGUCAACCGCAGGGCUCACAGUACAACUGCCGUUUGUUCCACUUGGAUCACAAGACACUGCCAGAUGGUCCUUCGACUUAUCUGAAUCACGAACGUCCACUAAUAGAUCACGGUGAACCGAUAGGACAGUACUUUGAGAAUGCUUGCGAGAAGACGAACUCACCACCUGGUACUUUGGACAAACUGGAUACGCUGCCCGUGAGUCUGGACACCACCGAAGAUCCGAACUUGACCAACAUUACCAGGACUGAUGUGAAUUGCGAUAAAACAGGCACCUGCUAUGAUG